UCAACGUUCGCCGUUCGGCACUUAGACGUUUGACCGUGCACAUUUCUUCACUUCUCUUUGCGCGCGCAGUGCCGCCGGCCCUGUGGUUUUCGCCGUUUUUAUUUCGAUGUAAAGUCGAUUGUCUUCGAGGAGCGUCUCGCAAACGCCCUACCAUCAUCUAAGCUCGGCAAUCGCGUUUGGAGCUAGUCACCGUCGGUUUCCAGUGUGGAAUCAUGGCCAACUCCGUGCGCAAGAUUUGCUCGAAAAUCGGAAACAGCCAUCAGUACUUGUUGGCCACGGCCAAAACGUCAGCGUACGGUGGUCAUGUCGUGUCGGACUCCGUGCAACAGCACUUGGCCCGACCACAGGUCGAAACAACGUGCAAAAUCAAUUAUGCCGAAAAUUUGUUCCGUCAGUCACAACCGUUGCUCGACUACAUUGUUCGACCCGUCAAAAACAAACAAUCUUCCGAAAUGGCUGUUGAAUGGUUUAACUCUGGGUUUAACAGACACACAAAUCCCAAAACCGAUGUUUGUCACAGCACCGCUUUGAAACAAGACAGUCCUACCAAGUCUGACGAAAACAUCAGCUCGUCAGAUUCUAAAGGUUUACCAAGUGUAGAUCAGCUAGAACAUGUUUAUAAUAGGUUGGGAGAAGAUUUACCAUUACUGUUCAAACAAAAUUUAGACUAUGCAAUAUACCAUCCCAAAUUGGUAUUUGAGAAUAACAUUAGAGGAACAAAGAGUGUAGGCUUAGAAUAUUUUAUGUCAACAAUUUCUAUACUACGUUUGAUGGGUCAUUUAAAGUAUGCUUUUGUAAAAUUCGAUAUUUUAAAAAUAACCAAACAUCCAGAAGAUGGAACGAUUAAAAUACGUUGGAGAAUCAAAGGUAUAUCAGGAAUGAAAGUGUUCUUAAAGUUUUGGAAAUUCAAACUAUGGAAUUUGGAACAAGUCAUUAAAGAAAAUGUAGAAUCAUGGCAUGAUGGUUUUUCAAUUUUCUAUUUAGGAUCUGAUGGUUUGGUUCAUAAGCUUACUGCAGACAAAAUGCAACCAUAUAAUGACCCAGUAAUAGAGGAAAAAAAUCCACUAGCGACAAAAUUGGCCCUCUUUUUAGGACUAUCACCUCAGUUGGGUAAUUUGGAUUGCUUGGUUUCAUUUGAGUCUGAACAGACAAAUGAAUUACUGAAGAUGGUUAUUAUGUCUCUAGAAGAUGUCAUUUAAUGUCAUUAGAAACAACAUUUAAAAAUACUUCGUGCCCUGUUAAAAAAAUAUCCAUUAUUUUUAUACCACGUGGAAACUAUUAUUUAAUAAUUUUUGUGUGGCCGUUGUAUAUUUGUUGUUUUGUUAAUUUAUGAAGAAAUGUUUGUUGAAUGUAAAAUAGUUAAGCAAGUAGAUAGUCAAUUAAAUUUAACACCAUUAAUGUUGUUGUGAUGAAAACACAAAAUUGCUUAUAGAAUUACAAAAUACUAUAGAUAAGCAUUGUGCAAUUGACUUUGAAUAAAUCAAACAUUAUAAAUAAAACGCUUAAAAUGAUUUUACCAAAUUUCAUAUAAUCAAUAUUGAAUAUUUAUGUUAUUUAAUUUUUGUAUUUUAUUAAUUUGAUGUUUUUGAGUAAAUAUGAAACUUCUAUGUAGAUGCUCAUUUGUCGUUAAUAAACUUAUGUGACCAUUGACUGUCAAAAGUA